AUAGAAAAUAUUAUUUAUAACAAGAUCUUUUACCUGGCUGCCUGAGAUAGGUAAAAAACUAAAACAUUCGUUUCAAAUUACCAUAUUAAAAUCAUGUUACGGUCAGCGCUACAUGCAUUAUUCACUUCAUCUCGUGAUAGCGAUCUAUAAGCAAGAAAUUCUGUAUCAAGAUUUAGGAGGGCAGACUUUAUUUUCGCUUCCAUAUUACAAGGAUAAAGUCAACAGUUCAUUGAAAUUUUGUGAGGUAUUAUUUAAAAAACGGCUGGUUGUAAUUAAAUCGAAACAAUGUUCUAUGUAAAAAAUCAGAUAUUGCGCCCUGCGAAUUUUAAAUUCUUGAGAAGAAGUUCAACUGUAGUGGAAAAUACUCUCUUUAUUGAAGAUAUUCCUCACCCAACUUCUCUGCCUGUGUUGGGUACGAAAUUGAAUUUCCUAUUUACUGGAAGUGGAGCAAGGUUACACGAAUACAUCGAUCGUCGCCAUAAAAAGUUAGGUCCAAUAUUUCGUGAAAGUUUAGGCAGUAGUUCGGAACUUGUUUUCAUCAGUGAUCCAGGGCUUAUGAAAGCAUUAUUCUUAAAUCUAGAAGGAAAGUAUCCAGCUCAUAUAUUGCCUGAUCCUUGGUUAUUGUAUGAGAAAUUGUACGGAUCCAAAAGAGGGCUUCUUUUUAUGAAUGGGGAAGAAUGGUUAAAUUAUCGCCGCGUUAUGAAUAAACAUAUACUUAGAGAAGGUGUUGAGACUUGGCUACAAAAUCCCAUUCAAGAAACUAUUUCAAAGUUUAUUCAAAAUUGGAAGAGCAGAGCUGAAACAGAGGCAUUUACUCCAGACUUAGAAACUGAGUUUUACAGACUGUCUACUGAUGUUAUUAUCAACAUUCUGCUUGGUUCAAAAUCAUCAAUUAAAAUUGAUAAACAUUAUGAGGAACUAUUAGCUUUGUUUUCGGAAACAGUUAAAAAUAUUUUCUCAACUACUACAAAACUGUACGGUUUGCCUGUAAACUGGAUUCAAUGUCUUAAUUUGAAAAGCUGGCGUGAUUUCAAAGAUAGCGUUGAUUUGUCUUUGUUUUUGGCUCAAAAAUUAGUUUCGGAAAUAAUAAACAAAAAGCAUGACAGUAAUGGUCUGGUGGCAAAAUUGUGCGAUGAAAAUAUAAGUCACGACAUGAUAACGAGAAUAAUUGCCGACUUCGUAAUCGCAGCUGGAGACACAAGUGCAUACACGACUUUGUGGAUCCUACUUUUGCUUUCGAAGAACAAAUCAAUGUGGGAAAAUCAACAUACAAAUGCCAGUAUUCAUAUUAAAAAUGUUGUAAAAGAAUCGAUGAGAUUGUAUCCUGUAGCCCCAUUUUUAACGAGAAUUUUGCCUAAAGAGAGCAAGUUAGGGCUUUACAAAUUAAAACAAGGGACACCGAUCAUUUGCUCAAUUUAUACAUCAGCCAGGGAUGAGAAAAAUUUUAGUAAGGCAAAUGAGUUUUUACCCUACCGGUGGGACAGGAAUGACCCUAGGAAGCAAGAUCUGAAGAACCACACACCCUCAGCAUCUUUGCCGUUUGCGCUUGGCGCCAGAUCUUGCAUUGGGAAAAAGAUCGCCAUGAUGCAGCUGACUGAGGUCGUAAGCCAGAUAACAAACAACUUUGAGUUGCAAUGCUUGAACAGCACAGAAAUAAAGCCCAUAAUGUCACAAGUGUUGGUUCCCGAUCAGCAUAUUAAGCUAUUGAUAUCACUGAAAAAGUAGAAUUGGACAUACCUUUACCAUACUGCACUCUAGAUUUAGAACUGUUACUUAUGUUUUUAGCUUUUUUAAUUUAUUUAAUGAAUAAUUAUAUACAUAUAUCUAAUUGGUUGGUUAAUAAACUUUUUUUAAGAACGAAAAGAAAUACAUUAUAUUAAUUUUAUAUUGCAAUAAAUUACAAAUACAUUAUAUUAUAUACAUUUUAAAGUGU